AUGCACGUAAUUUCUCUUGCUGUUCUGAUUCUUUUUCUAGAUAUAUCUUGCGCUAGCAGGGACAACUUGGCGCUCGCUUGGUAAUUUUCAGAAACCGAUUUUGUUCUGAUUCUUGAAGGUGCCCAUGGAGCACACAUCGCCGGUGCACCGACGGUCUGACGUGCAUCCAGAAGUCGUGGAUGUGCGACGGCCGCGUCGACUGUGGCGACGCCUCCGACGAGUUGCCACACUUAUGUCACAAACGCGGAUCCUUAGGCAAACUUGUAGGCUACUUUUACAUCUUCUCUAAAAAAUCGUUCGAUAAUCAAUUAGAUAGCUUUAAAAACAUUUAUUUUUUUGACAAAUAAUACCAAGCAAAGAAACCCUGAUUGAAAAAUGAUGCUUGUCGUUAAUUUUUUUCGUUAACUAAUUAAUACAAAAAGAAUCAAGACUCCUGACGCCAAAAAAGAGCGAAAUUGUAGAUUCACAGAAAAAACUCAUUUAGAAGAAAAAUAUAAGGAAAUUCAGCGAUAAACUAUCAUUUCCUAUCAUUUCUAUACUCAAGAACUGAGAAAAAGCCCCAGUUGUGUAAUGUAUAACUCAAAAAAAAAUUGGGCGACAAUUUCAAUUAAAAAAUCUCAAAAAAAGGUCUUCGUGUUUUUGAAGUAAUAAUAUGAAGACGCAAUUCUUGUGCCUUCGAAUAUAAAAAAAUGAGUUAAAAAAAAAGCAGACUACAGUUUAUUGACAAAAUCAGCUCGUCGAAAAUUCAAUUUUAACUCGAUUUAAAAUUGAAAACGUCGAAAAAGGGGUUUUAUUAGUUGUCAGUUCUCAAAAUGCAGCCGUCGGGCAGCAGGAUCUUCGUUUCGAUUGCUCGAAAGUGUCCUCAAAGUUGGUUUUUCUGUCAAGACGCCAAGGCAUGCAUCCAGCCAAACCUCGUCUGUGACGGCAAAAGCGACUGUCGGUGAGUUGCUCACUUCGAACCGAAUUCCAAUCCAAACGUUAAGAGAUGGAAGCGACGAAACACUGCCGUGCUACGAAUUCAGGCAGAGAAAGCGGUCAACCGCGCUUCCUUAG